AUGCUGCGAGAGGCCUUCUACUACCUCCUUGGAGGUGUCACCUUUCUUCCGCUAUGCAUAUUGGGUGCCUUCCUGCACUUCUACUUCGAUGCGCCUUCGACUCGUCAGAAUGGUCCACCUAGCAUAGAAGCAGACGUCGAACUCACACACGAGAGGAAGCUGGCUGCUCUCGAUCUCGCCGCCCGCAACGCCGCGCUCCACGCCGAGAUUGAAAACGCGAAAGGCAAAGAUCACCCUCAGGGCGAUGCCACUGCUCCACCUACCGCCAAGCGUCUUGGUCCUGGGCCUGCCAAAGACUCCUCUGCCCCAAAGCCCUUCUCAUCUGGCUGGCUCACCGUUCGACCCACAUUUGACUCAGACAAGGACAAUGCCAACGCCGCCAACGGAAGCAACAGUCCUGCUGCCAUUCCAGCUUCGCUCGUCGAGGGCGAGUCAGACUCGAGCCAACUUCACUCGGAGGACGAAGGUGCAGCCCCUGACUCCAAGGCGCCCGCUACUCCUGCAAAUGCAGGCGCCGGAUACAUGUCCCAAAUGUACAGAGGUAUCCUUGACUAUCGCAUAGGCAAAGCAAACGCCAAAAAGCCCGCCAACGACAUCAGCAACGCUCGCUCGGCACCCACCUCGACAGGAACUACUGCCACCCCAACAGGCACAGCCGGCAAAGAGAACUUCUUCUGCAUUCUCAAGUCGCCCAUCCUCUACCUCUACUCCUCCGAUGAUACUGCCAAUCCAAACACCGAAUGCCACGCUGCUAUCGAUCUUCGUGGCAAGCGUGUCAGCAUCUUCGUCGCUGGCCUCGGCGACACCCUCGGAGACCUCGAUCCAGAACAACCAGCAUCCACACAGCACGGUGGCACCACCACGGAUGAUGAACAGCUCGCAGACGGCGCCGUUGACCAGCAGGGAUUCAAUGCGAAACAAGCUUGGAAGAAGGCUAAGCGUGCCCUCGUGCGCGAUGGCGAGCUUUUCAUGAAGAGGAAUGCCAUUCGCAUCGUCGGUUCCGCCAGCGAACGCAAGAAGGGCCGCACAACACACCUUGGCCGAAGAAGACCGCAGUGGUUCAUCUUCUGCAAGAACAACUUCGUCAUGGAGGACUGGUAUCAUGCUCUUCUCCAAGCUUCUCUCUUGCCAGACUCGAGCCUCUCGACCAAGCUGCCCGAUGAUGGUGCCGCCGACCUCCUUUCACGCCUCUUCGGCAAGCUCGGCGAUCCGAUCGGUCCCACUUUCUCGCAAGAGGACAUGGCAUCGCUCCUCGUUUCCCUCGACAGCCUUCCCGACCCGCUUCCACUGCGAUGGCUUAAUGCUCUUGUCGGUCGUAUCUUCUUUUCCAUCUAUCGCACCGCUUGGCUCGAAGAUUACAUCAUCUCAAAAAUGAUGAAGAAGAUCAACCGCGUCAAGACGCCCGGCUUCCUUGGCGACAUUAAGGUGGAGGAAGUAGAUGUAGGUCGUCGCGCGCCUGGCUUCAGUCGGCCUAUGCUCAAGGCUCUAACGAGCGAAGGAGAGGCUAGCAUGGAGGUCGCCGUGCACUACGUUGGCGAGAUCCGGAUCACGAUUUCCACCACCCUCACGCUCUCGCUUGGUGCUCGCUUCAAGCCAUACAACAUUCCUAUCGUCCUUGCGGUCGUUCUCCGAUCUCUUGAAGGCAAUCUUCUUUUGCACGUCAAGCGACCACCCAGUAGUCGUCUCUGGUUCGGCUUCACCACAAUGCCCAAGAUGGAGAUUGACAUCGAGCCAGUCGUGAGCGCGCGCAAAGUGCAAUGGGGUAUGGUCACUCGCCUGAUCGAGGGUAGAUUGAAGGAGCUUCUCAACGAGUCCAUCGUUGUCCCCAACAUGGACGACAUCUCGUUCUUUGACACGCGCUCGCUACCUUUGCGAGGAGGCAUCUUUGCCGACGCUGCCAAGAAAUCCGAUGUGCUCCAAGCCGAGGUCAAAGAGCCGUCAGACCCAGCUGCAGUCGCCACAACUACUACAGCAACGCAGCAAGAGCGCGACGCCAAACCAAAAACGAGCAGCAUCAAGGUCUCGGAUCUACUUGCGGCCAACAAGGUUGGCGCUGUCAGCGCACCUGUCUCUGGUGCAGCCACGCCUGUGACAGACGGCGCCAGCGCAUCCACUCCGCGCGAUGCGCUUGCCGACGAGGACGGCGAGACGAGCUCGAUCAAGACCAGUGCUUCAUCUACCCAGGCUCUUCGCAACCGCAAGACUGGCGCUGAGCCAUCGUCGAUUUCGCUUAAGGAGCCUUCUUCUUCGACUGCUCGAACAUCGUCGCCUGCUGCUGCCGGCCUCAGCGAUCUCUUGUCCCGCGACCUUGCAGCGGGCGGAGGCAGCGCCCUGUCUGGCUCGCCGCCAAGGCAGGAUUCACAGUCCGCCAAACGGAGGACCUGGUUCGGCUCUGGGACCAAGUCGUCCGUCUCAAGUGUCGCCUCCGCGUCGGGACUCUCCUCGCUCGGACUUGGUGCUGCAAGCCGUCGAGAGCAGAGCAGCUUGGCCUUAGGGAAUGCGAGCAUCGAACGUCCUUCGCAACGCUCACAUUCAGCCAGCGUCUCAGGCAGGAGUGAGUCUGUUCUGUCGGUCCCCACAAGCGAAGGCUCGAUCCGUGCUGUAUCAGAUUCUGCCAGCAUCAUCACCGGCAUCUCUCCCGUACGCUCUCCGUCGAUCUUGUCAACAGCUGAUAACGCCAAGGCAGAAGAGCGAACAACCUCGGAUGCGCUGACUGAAAUGCAACGAACGGGUUCGCAAGAGACGAAGCCAGUCAAGUCAGGAAGCACGUCUGGAAAUCCUUCCUUCAUCGUGUCAAGCGCCUUAGAGCCACUCCUUGCACUCGAUACAGAUGCGGUCAAACCGGUAGAUCCGGCACAAGAAAAGAGGAAAACGCUCGAGGCACCAUCUAUGCAUGACGGAGAUGACGAACGAGAUUUUGUCGAGAGUCCUGCCAGCCUGACUCACAGCACGAAGUCUUCCCUUCGCGGCUCGAGGUCGGAUGUUGCUCAUCUCCAGAAUGCAAAGAAGAUGUUUGACGAUGGAAGCGAGCUCGCACGCACCGAGUCAACAGAAGGUUCCGCGAUAUCCGACUUCGCUCCUGCUUCUCGUACAAGUUCGAGGAGCUCGGAGGCGGGAGAUGCAACCAGUGCCCAGAGGUCGAUGGCGCCGCCACCACCACCUCCACGCAGACCGAACGAGGCGCCGAGAGAGACUCGAUCUGUGCCGCGCCAGGAUGCUGCUUCAGCACUUUCCAGCGUCCAACGCAGUCGAUAUGGCCUGAACGAAAGCGCUCAUGGUGCAGAGGAGGGUGCAAAUGCGAUGGCAGGCUCGACCUCGGCCAUGCUGUUGACCUCUUGGAACAAAGCCAAGGCGAGUAUGGCGGACAAGGAGGCUAGGCAAGCAGCUGCCCGGGAUGCCAAGGAUGCUAUCAAGCGUGGCUGGGCCAACUGGAACUCCAAACGCGCUGAGGCGAAGCAAAGGCCGCCAGAGUACGAGGAGACCGACAGCCGCCAGAGUCGAGAUAGCAUGACACAAUCGCAGUCCAGCCGCUUGUCGCUUAUACCUGGCAAGUCAGCGUGGCUGGCGAGCAGUCCGCCUGACCCGACUAGCUUUGGUCUCGGAUUCGACAAGGCCAGCCCCGAAGACACACUCAGCACUUUGCGAGACAAGCACGGAUCGGCGGGCUACUAUGCUCGCAACAACUUGACGGAUACCGAUGAUGACAAUGUCAGUGUAUACUCCAACUCGAACAAUCGUCAGCCCUACCGAGAGCUGCGAGCCUCCAAGGAGGUGCACGGCUUUGAUGACGCUCUGACAGACCGAACCCCGGAGAGUGGCAGAGGACCGUCGGUUUCUUCGUCGAAACUCGCUUCCACUGCAUCGCUCGCUGACACACGAUCCAACUCGUCAACGUCGGUUGGCGACUCGCAAUGGGACGCAGAGAUUCCAUAUUUAACACCUCCUGCUCCGGCUUUCCACGAGAAGGAGGGUGGCGCUGAAUCGAAGCGUCGAGGCAUUGAGAGGACGAGCAGCAACGAGACGUCUCCGGCAGCAAUCAUCCCUCCAGCGCUGCCACAGCGCAAGCCGAGUAGCAGCGUCUCGUCGACUGGACAGAGUGGCGCCGGUGGCAUUGUGUCGUUCAUCCCACCUGCACCAUCUGCUACAACGACGCUUGCUUCGACGUCCAGUCUAUCGGCUCAGGAGAUUGAGCCUGUCAAGCAAGAUGACGCGCAAAACGAGCAGCCAGCGUCUUCUGCAGUGGAUGGUGAGUCAACCCUUGCUGCUGAGACUAGCGCUGUCUUACCGGAUCCGCGCACCCCUAAGCGCCGCGUCGAUGGCGAGAACAAGGUGUCGUCUAGCGAUGUGAAGGUACAAAAAGCAAGCCAGGAUGUCUUUGACAAGCUCGAUCAAGCUCUACCUGACAAGCAGGCAGCUGCAAAGCCUGGCGAAGCAGCAGACGUCGUUUCGGCACCGACUGAAGCCUCCAGUUUGGCAACGAACGAGACGCCCGAGGCUAAGCCAGAGACGAGCCAAGCAGACGACGCAGCAGCGGCGAAGACACCAUCCAAAACCGAGCGAUCCUACUCGCCGAUUCCUCCCGAACUUUCCUCCCCGAGCUUUGGCUCAGGAAUCAAGAAGCAACCUGGACGAGCAACGAUGAUGGCUGUCCCUGGCAUUCCAUCGAUGCAAAAGGCAGGACCACAGAGCUUCAGUGCUCCUCCUCCACCAGCUUCUCAGCUGAUGUCUGUUGCAGAGACAUCACCAGCAAGUGCGUUCCGAGCUAGCUCGCUGUUCAAGAUCCCAAGUUUCGGCAGUCCGAUCUUGGCUGGUGGUGCUGCGAUGAAGGGUGGGGGCAGUAAGCAGGGUGAAGGGGCAACGAUGCCGCCUCUUGUUCCUGCUAGACCAGGAGCAGAAGCUAAGGGCGGCGAUGAAGAGUCUGCGUUGGGAUUAAGUCAGAUGCAUCGUCGAGCAUCGACGGGAGUGAAGGCUUACCAAUCGGCUAGCAAGUCUAUUGGAUGCUCAGCUGUCGAGCAGCCGCUCACCGACGACAAGACAGCCGACGCUGGUGAUCGGACGAUAUUUGCAGAGGUUGUUGAGGCUGAAGGUCCAGCAGCAGAUCCUGAGUUUGAGCAAGCGCAGUUGGAUGCUGGUGAGACGUUUCAGGUUGGGGACAAGGAGCUUAAGCUUCCUUCCGCAACACAGACCGCCGCAAAGACUGAGAGCCAAGAAGGCUAG